AUGAAUUUCAAUUGCCUAAUCAUUUGUUUGGCAGUAACUGCGGCCAACUUUGGACAGUCAUACGGACUUCAGGCCCGUAGCAGACAGAGGGCCACUGGAGGCCGGGCUGAUGACAAGGGAUGCAGUAAAAGAGAGUUUGACCGCAGAAUGUCUAACGUUUUUGGACAGUUCGGACCCGAAGACUAUUCAUUCCCCAAAACUCGCGAAGAUUUGAAAGAAUAUUGUCGGCAUGACGCCCGAGAGUUGUCUAAGAAGUAUAGCGAUGACUGUUUGGAGGGCACAUCUCAAACACUUCUCACUUUAGGGAACUACAACUUCGACAAAGUGAACAAACAGUACUGUUCUAAGAGUGGCAAGAAGAAGGACGCGUUCGUGAGUUGGGGCAGUUGUGGCAACAGUGCCCGACCCAAGCUGGGCGUGUGCUGGACCAAAAUGAUCUCGGUGCUCGCAGUGGCUAAUAAAGUGCGAAAUGAUAAGAGCAAAGUUCCCAUUGUCUGCUGCAAUUACUACGAGUGGGUCAGAUGUACGGUGAGUGCACUGAAGGAGAAGGCGUCGACCACCUGUUCCAAAGAGGCCAUCGAUGGCUAUGAGUCUCACAUCAGAAAAUCGACGGUCGAGUCAAUGAACUUGAUUUGCAGCAAAUAUGAAGACGACUCCGCCAAAUGUGCAUCACUUAUGACCGAACUUCCCAACACUAAACCCAAGAAACUAUACAAAACCCCAUAUCUCUACAUCUUUGAGAUCUUUAAAAAUCUUUAA